CGAUGACCACCAAGGUGACCACGAUGACCACCAUGAUGACCACCAAGGUGACCAGCGGUGGUCGUACAGCCGGUGUCCGGACGUGGACGAGUGUCGCCUGGGGCUGGCUCGUUGUCACCCGCGCGCCCGUUGUCACAACACCCCCGGCAGCUUCCAGUGCCGCUGCCAGCGCGGUUACCGCGGCGACGGCGUGGCCGGCUGUGAGCCCACGUGUUUCUCCGACUGCGGCCACGGAUUCUGCUCGGGACCCCCCAACUUCACCUGCGUUUGUCACCUGGGCUGGACCAACCCCAAACCCCAAAAUUCCUCCUCGGGGGGGUCCCAGGAGCCCCCCCAGUGCUCGGUGGAUUGCGGCUGCAACUUCCACAGCUCCUGCGAGCGCGGCGGCCCCGGGCUCUGCGACCGCUGCCAGAACUGGACGGAGGGCCCGCAGUGCCAGCGCUGCCGCCCCGGCAGAGACUGGACGGAGGGCCCGCAACUGGACGGAGGGCCCGCAGUGCCAGCGCUGCCGCCCCGGCAGUUUCGGCCCCGGGGGUCCCGGCGGUUGCCGGCCCUGCUCCUGCCACGGCCACGGCGACCCCGAGCGCGGCUUCUGCCACCGCGGCACCGGCGUUUGCCACUGCCUGCCGCCCACCACAGGUGUGCACUGCGACAG